CGGCACCGCCCCUUAGCUGGGGAAUACGACCUAGUUGAGGUUGAGCGCAAUAUCCGCAACAUCAUAAAGGCCUGACGGAUCCCUGGCCGCGCGAUCGUCAUCUAGAGCUUUUCCGGGCGCUGUUCACAGCUUUAACGCCGCCCGUCAUGGCUGAUGCAUUCGCGCCGCGCUCGAUGAAGCGCAAGAAUGUCAAAGGCCUUGCUCUAAAGGCCCCGGCCCCGAAACCUCCACCGACGGCCGAGAAUGCACGUCUAGGGCCCGCUCAUGGCAAGGGCGACGAUAACGCGGCGCAACUGGAGAUCGGUAUUGAAUUCAACCUCGAUCUAAAGCCUGAGGACCUCGAGAUCAUCAAGGAUCUAGGUGCGGGAAAUGGUGGGACAGUGAGCAAAGUCAAGCACAUCCCAACAAACACCGUGAUGGCGCGAAAGAUCAUCCACGUCGAAGCCAAGAAGGAAAUGCGCAAGCGUAUAGUUCGGGAACUCCAGAUCAUGCACGGCUGCCAUUCCGACUAUAUCGUCACCUUCUACGGUGCUUUCCUCAACGAGAACAACGAUGUGAUAAUGUGCAUGGAGUACAUGGAUGUUGGCUCUCUCGACCGAAUCUCCCGAGUGUUUGGGCCAGUCCGCGUAGAUGUCCUGGGCAAGAUCGCUGAGGCAACGCUGGGCGGUCUUACCUACCUCUACUCAAAACACCAUAUUAUGCAUCGCGAUAUCAAGCCCUCCAACAUACUCGUCAACUCCCGUGGUCAUAUCAAACUUUGCGACUUCGGUGUGUCUGGAGAGCUCAUUAACUCCGUUGCCGACACCUUCGUCGGCACAUCCACAUACAUGGCACCCGAGAGGAUCCAGGGUGAAAAGUACACAGUCAAGUCGGAUGUGUGGAGCUUCGGCUUAACGAUCAUGGAACUGGCCAUCGGCAAAUUCCCUUUCGCCGCGAGCGAGCAGCUGUCUGAUGCUGAAAGCGCCCCUGCGGGCAUACUUGAUCUGCUGCAGCAAAUUGUGCAUGAACCGGCGCCCCAGCUACCCAAGAGUGACGCGUUCCCACAGAUCCUCGAAGACAUGAUCCAGAAGUGCCUGUACAAGGAGCCCGAGCGACGACCGACACCUCAGGAACUCUACGAUCGCGACCUCUUCGUACAAGCCGCGAAGAGAACUCCGGUCGACUUAAGAGAGUGGGCCUGCGGUCUGAUGGAUCGGGACAAUCGCAAGUCCCAUCUCGCUCCCCAACUGUCUCCAGCGACGCAAGACCUCCUACGCACAAGUGAUUCUCCAACAUACGGAACCCAGGCAACACCAACGUCAAAUUACCGAGUCGACCCCCGGCAGGCGGCGGAUCACGCCAACUUAGCUGCGCAAGUGGAUCGUCUGUACAUCCGGGAGUGGGAUCACGAGUAAGAUCUACGACCACGCGGUUGUUCCCGAAACUAGACGUAGAGAGGAAAAGGGGGUCUCGAUGACUUGGUCCUCGAGAGCAACCACGCCGGCUACUUCCCGUGCAUUCCCCAAAUGGGUAGCGUUCUUUUGCAAGCACCCUGUGCCCGAGG